GAUAGGUCAAUUACGGAAUACAUUACAUCCUAUAUACAUCGCAUAUACUUCAUCCAAACACGAAUCGCAACGGUUGGGGUUUACCGACUCGGGAAUUGUUCCCAUGUCGUUGAGACCUUCCGGGAACAUUUUUAUAUAUUAAACUUCAAAGUCUCCGAUUUUUUUCUUAUUCGUCAUUCCUCUUCAUUCUAACCUUCAACCCGGGUACCUGACCUCCCGUCUUAUUAUCUUAUCUCCCCCCCUACCCGACACGCUGGCCUUCCCUCAGCAUCACCAAAGAUGGCACUUUUCGUAGACCUCGACGAGGAGGCCGAGCCGCCGCAGACACAAUAUUACGGCUUAAAGCCCGAGUGGAAUAGCGAGCGCGUCAAGCAGCAGCUGCCAAAUGGGCUGAACGGGCUACACGGAGGAGAGAGCCAAGAGACUACGAUAGAUCGAGAACCAGAGAACCUCAACGAGCAUAAUGGGAUGGCGGAGGCUCUCGGAUGUUAUCCUAUCGUUAUGGCGAUUGCGUCGUCUAUCGACCUGAACACGCUCGAUAACCUGUCUCGUACCUGUCGCCAGGUCCACCAGGCCCUUCUGCAGUAUCGAAGCACCCUUCUUGCGCAUACCCUCCAUUGCGUUAACGAGGAUAUACCCGUCGACCCCGAAGACACCUUUCGUUACCGUGCCCGAGCAGGGAAUUGGUAUUAUAUGGAAGACGGUCGGACCGGGGACUAUAAUGGUAAAAGCGGGAAUUGCGCGAGAGAUAUGGUAGCCGAAUGCAGGCGAUGCGCAACGGCUGUAUGCCGGAACUGCGCCAUCAAGCCGCCGGCUCCCGUUGUGCUUCGCGACAGGCAUCGCAGACUGUGCUUCCCAUGCAGCAAGGCUCCGCUAGGAAGCCUUGUCAAACCGUCAUUGUCACCAGACACUCUCGUAGACGCGGAGGAAAUGCAGCAGGCAAUCUGCACCUGUGACACAAAGGGAGUUUGGCUCUGCCAACCUUGCGGGAGGAGUAUUCGCGGAGCAGACCACGACUAUAAGGCUAUCUGGAAAUGGCGUAACCAAUACGGCGAGGUGCUCGGGGGUCUCGGUACCGGUAUCGGCGAAGGUGACCGGGGGGUGAUUUGCGGCCGAGAGGCGGCGUGUUGCGGCUCCAAGGAGCGGGAACAGGAAACCGACUGCGACGCUGCGGAUGCCCGGGAGCAGGAUGAGAAUAACGGCACCCUGUCGCCCUGGACUAUGCCGUCGCCGGCAUCUUCUAUCUCCGGCUCGCCGCCGUCCGAACGCCGGACGCCGAGCCCGCAGCUAAGGCCCGGAUACGCCCGUCACGAAAUUGAGGGCAUCGGCGGCGUAGUCAAGACGAAGCUCGUGCGGAUCGUGCGCGUUGGCGCCUGCGUCCCCGAGUGGGAAGAUGAAAAGAACAAGGGUGAGAUCCUGGGUCGAGAGGUCUCAGGACGCAGUCGUAGUUGGUGCGGCUGGUGCUGGAGAGUGAUUCCAGGGAAGAAGGACUGGGAGGUUGCGAAGGCUCACAGCACAAACGCCAGUACAAACGGGAAGCAAUAAAGCUCUUCCCCCACAAACGCUAGGUAAUUAGUAAAUACGGUGGUGAGCUACCUGUAUACUUAGAUCAUACUACAUCUUGCAGAUUCUGGGGUUAAAUGAGCUAUGUAAAUCGGAAAUAUAAAAAGGGUUCCUUAGGCGUAAAUAGCGAAUAGAAAAAAUAUGAACGGAAUAAUUGGGGCUUA